GGCGAUGACGUAGAGACUCUUUCCUUGUUAGUCUUAAGAAUAUCGGGAAGCAUCUGGCGACCCUUAAAUUUUGUACCACUCCCCUACAGGUGGCAUGAGGAAAGCGCUUUCAUCAUCGCAACAACAGGACGAAGUGAAACGCCUUUACGUGCCUCCCCAAUUUCAAAUCCUAUUCAAAGAAAAAAAAUUACUGUGAGGAAACCUUUGGAUACAUUCAAAUAUCUGCGUGCACUCAAAUGUAAAACUUUCGCUUCCCCCACAUUAUGGAUUGUGCUGCGUAUCUCCUGAAAUUAAUCUGGACCCGAAUCGCGUUAGGCAAACGCCUACCGACGGUAGUAAAGUUUUCCUGGGAGCAUCCCCAAAAGAUAAAGUUUAGGACGAUGGCGCCGUUAUACAAGCUCAAACCUUUUGCAACAGCCCUCGAGUGUCAAGCCCCCGAGGCAAUAGCUACAACUUUUGUGUUUUUGUGGCUUAUUGUGUAUCCAUGGACGCUUCUGUCCUGGACACCCAUCCCCGAAGCCCACUUUGCAUAUUUGGUAGUGUCGACGGCAUCCCUCCUCGACAGAAGCACUUAAUUCAAUAAUAAAUUGCCAUCCCUGCCCGGGUAGAGCCAGGAUAACCGACCCACCGAUAACCGAGUUACAAAUUUAACAGGGUUUCUGUGUCUGUUUCCGGGGAAGUGAAGCUCCGGGGAUGACUAUGAGGAUGGGAACGGGAAAGGAGGCCAAAGCCAAGCCCCCUUGCCAACAACCCGGGAGGCGCUGAGGGUUUGCGGUGGGUAAGCGUAUAAUUCUUAAUCGUGAAUGCUUCACUUAAAGUUUCCCAGAAAUCCGAAGCCACCCCGCGGGGAAUCUUCCGCAAAAAUAGAUACUAUACGAUUAUAUAUUUUUUACAUAGGCGGAGGAUAGUGGAGAGUUGAGAGGAUAUCACAAUUAAGGGGGGAAUAUACAUUGAAACCUUGGAAAAUCAUUUUUGGAAAAUCAAUUUUAAAAGAAGAUUUUUAUGAAUUCUGUAUGUAUUUUUAUGAACUUUUUGUUUUUGAAGUUCAUUUUGUAUUUUUUUAUAAAUUACUUUUGUAAUGAGUUCCUAAAGAUAUUAAAUCUUUAAGUUAUAAUUUAAAGUUUAAUAAAAUAUUUUAGAAAUAUAUAUUUUUUAAUAUAUUUUAAAUCCUAAAGAAAAUAACAAAACCCCCCCUUGAAAGCGAAAGUUGAGGAAACCGCAGGACUUCUAAGGACCUUCAUAUACGAAAUGCUUAUGUACUAGCCUGCAGUGGUGUGUGUGCGUGUGAGGCCGCCAUUAUUGAGCGGAAAGUGGCAAAAACCAACCCCGGAGCAGCCAACCCAGAGGCAGACAGACAACAAAUCGAUGAAUGAAGCGACCCUCGCGAAGGGUACGUGAGCGCAGGACUUGCGCGCGCGUAUGUGUGCGUUUCAUGUGUAUAUGUGAGUGUGUGUGUGUGUGUGCGUAGGUAGGCAGCUAGGUAGUUCCGCUGCCAGAGUCCUGGCCGCGCUCAAUGAACGAGAAAUCUCUUUAAAUUGUGCGCUGGCGGCGGAGGAGAGCUCAGUUCGAGUUGAGAUCUUGCAGCGCACACACAGCUUCGCUUGCCACAAACCAAUCCGAAAUCCGUGUACAGUGUUUUCACAACCCACCUACAAUCCACCUACCAAGUGCUUCAGUGACGUAAAAAGAAGACUCUUGUCUAGAAACCUACGAAAAUGUCGACGGUUAACUUGCAUCCUCCCCAAACCUACUCGCGCCUAUUCCGUCCCUGGGAUACGCAGCGCCAGUCUCCGGCUCCAACGACUCGGGCCGUGAAGCAGGAACGCCAAAUGGAGACAGAGCCGAUGCCAGAGCCGGGAACCCUUACCAUCAAGACGGAGCUGGCCAGCAGCAGCUUUGGACACGAUAGCGACCGCGAUUCCUCAUCCGCGUCAUCCUCCUCGUCGCGCAGCAGCAAAUCCAGCUACGAGGAUGGAUUGAACCACAGCAGCUACACCCGCACCUCCACACCCCUACUGGAUGUGGCGCCGCAGCCCGCCUUCCCCCAUCCGACCAACGCCGCCUGCCCCUCCUCCGCCGUGCCUCAGCCGCAGCAGGCACCGUUCCUGCCGCCGGCAAGUGAUCUCUACUAUGCCGCCGCUGCUGCCGCUGCCGCCGCUGUCAAUACUCCCGCCGCUGCUGCUGCUGCCGCAGGCUUCGGCAUGGAUCCCUUCACCCUGGGCCUGAUGGAGCAGGAGUACGCCCGUGUCAUGGCAGAAGAUGCUCAGCUGAAGGCGCUGAACGCCCGCAAGCAGCGCCCCAAAAAGUUCAAGUGCCCACACUGCGACGUGGCCUUCUCCAACAACGGUCAGCUCAAGGGCCAUAUCCGCAUCCAUACCGGCGAACGCCCCUUCAAGUGCGACGUCGACACCUGCGGCAAGACCUUCACCCGCAACGAGGAACUGACGCGCCACAAGCGCAUCCACUCCGGGCUCCGGCCAUAUCCGUGCAACGCCUGCGGAAAGAAGUUCGGACGCCGCGACCAUCUCAAGAAGCACAUGAAGACGCACAUGCCGCAGGAACGCCAACUGGGCCCGGCCAUCUUUGUGCCCAUGUACCCCUACCUGUACGGCUACUGAAACG